UUGAGUCUUACACAUUAUUCUUCUUUUCGCUUCUGCUACGAUAUGCGAAAAAUGGGUCAGCAUUACAACCUAUCCUCCCUCUUACUACUUGCAUUUCUCAAUUUAUUCUUCAUUUAUGGAAACCUAACUGGUGCAGCUGCACGCCACCUCCUAGAAACGCCCCUCCCUGAGAUACCCAAACCAGAACUCCCGAAAGUUCCAGUCUUGCCAAAGCUUGAAAUCCCCAAUGUGCCGAAGCCUGAGCUUCCAACCAUACCAAAGCCUGAGAUCCCCGCUGUUCCAAAGCCCGAGCUACCUACUGUCCCGAAGCCUGAGUUACCAACUUUGCCAAAGCCUAAGAUUGCCAGCUAUGUCAAAGCCUGAGUUACCGACUUUACAAAAGCCUGAGAUUCCAACAAUACCAAAACUCGAGUUUCCUUCCUUGAAACAACUAGAAGUCCCAGCAGCACCAAAGACUGAUCAGAUUCCUCCACCUAUGAAAAAGCCUGAAAUCCCAACUAUUGCAAAGCCUGAAUUAUCAACUUUGCCAAAGCCUAAGAUCUCAACUAUACCAAAACCCGAGAUUCCUAUUGUGCCAAAGCCUGAGAUUCCAACAAUACCAAAACACGAGUUUCCUCCCUUGAAAAAGCCAGAAAUCCCAACAGCACCAAAGAUUGAGCUUCCUCCGGCUAUGCCAAAGCCUGAGAUCCCAGAACUACCAAAGCCAAAAGCCCCAGAACUUCCAAAGCCAGAAAUUCCAACUAUGCCAAAGCCUGAAAUUCCAGAACUACCAAAGCCUAAAAUUCCAGAGCUUCCAAAGCUAAAAGUCUCAGAACUUCCAAAGCCAGAAGUCCCAACUAUGCCAAAGCCUGAAAUUCCAGAACUACCAAAGCCAAAAGUCCCGGAGCUUCCAAAGCUAAAAGUCCCAACUAUGCCAAAGCCUGAAAUUUCAGAAUUGCCUAAACCAACUCUUCCUUCACUUUCUCCACCAUACAAACCAGCUACUCCUUGAGUAAAUUAUAUGCUACUUUCACUCUAUUAGAAAGUACCCAACUGAUGUUUUGCGAUUUCCAUCUCAGUCUAUGAAGUUUGCGACCUGAGCCGUGACAUGGAGAUAGUAUUGGACACUUUCUGCUAGGAGUAGAAAUUGUAAUUCUUUUAUAGUAGUAUUUGAAUUGGAUGUACCAUGUUUGACGUGUCAUUAUACUAUAUGAGUGUUUUAUUUACUUCGUUAUAAAUAAGCUAUGAUCUAUGUUAUUUUGAUUUAGUUCGUA